UUUCAUUUUCAUUCAGAAAAAGUCAAAUGAUGUGGAAAAACAGAGAAAACAUGAAAAAAAAGAAAGACAGGCAAAGUCUUUUCAGGUGUUUUGGAGCAGAACCUCUCCCGGUCCGGCUCAGGGAGGGCCGCUGCCAGGCUUUUCCUUCAGAGGGAGGAGGCCCGCUAAGUUUCGGUGUCGUGAUUCAGGGAAAAGUGGUUUGAACAGGUUCCUGGGGCCUGCCUCUCCUGCAAACUGAGCAUGUAAAGGCGAGAAAAUAACUGUCACGUCGGCUUCGCCAAACCGGAAAGGCGACUUCUGUCACAUGUGUGUGGUUGUCAAGCAGAGAGGGAGAGACAGAGCUCAAACAGGUGGAAACCAAACGGGUAGCCAAGCUGAGCUGAGCCUCAUGUCCUUCCAACUAUAGAAAUCCUGAGAAAGCAGGAGCAGGACUUCUCUCUGGAAAGAAUUUUGUGACCUGGCAGCACCAGGCAUGAGAGCGCCUUGUGCCGCCUGCAUUUCUGGGUUGGACGGAUGAUGUUUGCUGAAAUCCCCUCUGCUUGCGUGAACCUGGAGCUACUCCCGAGGAGGAGGAUGACCUCUCUGCAGACCAUCCUCUGGCUGUGUCUCUGGGCCCUACACAUCUUUGACUCACACCAAACCUUCGUGAAUCUUCCUCGAAACCGGUCCAUCCAGUCUUUGACGGAGAAGGAGACCGUCCUGCCCUGUGUGUUCCAGCCGGGCCAGGGCAAUAGUGUGGUGCAAGUCACCUGGCUGAAGAAGACCACCAGUGCUCAACCGGAGAACAUCAUCACGGCACACAGAACCGAUGGGCAGACAGUUUUUCCCAAAUGGGCCCAGCGGGUUGGCUUCAAAAGCAAGGAUCCCCUCCAGAACUCGUCCCUCAUCAUCAUGACCACGGACAUCUCCGAUGAAGGGAUCUACAUCUGCCGCAUCGUCUCCUUCCCAGACGGAAACUUUGACACCGAGGUUUCUCUGAAAGUCUGGACCAUUCCCAUCACCUCCCUUGAUCCCUUCAUUCUGGUGGAGGGACAACCUUCCCAGAAAGCCGCCUCAUGCCGCUCUUCCGGACAUCCGGCUCCUCGACUUUCCUGGGACACCGAGCUGCUGGGGAGUUCGGACAAUCGCAGCUUCAGUGGUGGAGUGGUCUCCAUUCAGUUUUCCCUUUCCGCAAAGAAGAGCAUGAACGGGGAGAAACUGGACUGCCUGGUGUGGCAUCCGGCCUUUUCGGCCCCAAAAAGGAUUAAAAACAACCUGGUGGUGCACUUCGUUCCACAUGCAGAGGUGACGGGAUACAACAAUUCAUGGCUUAUUGGAAUGAAAAACGUCGCUCUGAAUUGUUUGAGCGGGGGGAACCCGAAACCCCAAAAUGUCACCUGGACCAGAAUGGGUGGACAGCUGCCAAUGGGUGCAAAGCCACAUCCUGAUGGAAGACUUGAGUUUGUGGAGCCCAUGUCCUCCAUGCAUGAAGGCACAUACCAGUGUACGGCGGCAAACACAGUGGGGGAGGCAAAGGCUCAGGUGGAGGUUACUUUGAAAGAACCUCCUCUUCUGACUGAAAGCUCGUUGAUUCUCAUCGUGGCGGUGGUGUCUGGAAUCCUGCUGUUGAUGGUCAUCCUCGUCAUCUCCGUCUCAUGUUACCACAAGCGCAAGAACAGGAAACUCAAGAAGGAGCUGAAAGUGAAGACAGAAGAAGUAACAACUCUGACCAGACAGGCGUCUGUUCGGAGAAUAAGUUGUGUCACCCCGGACUCCAGAGGACCGGUUGAAGAAUUCCCCCUGAAAGUGUCGGGAGUCCUGAGGCAGAGCCAGGGUUCCCUCGCGGGGCAGGCCCGUUGCCGUGAAAGCAUGUCCACCAUCUCUGCGUUUGACUCCUUGGGCAGGCCGGCCAUCCCCAGAGGGGAGCGCUAUGUGCACAGAGAUGAGAGCAUGUGCCGAGUGGAAGAAUAUGUGAGAAGCUCGGUUCACGCGCAAAAGGCCCAUUACUACCAUCCUCACAUCCCACCCACCUAUACUGUGGGACCUCCACCUGAUGGCUUCAGGCAUCUGAACGGCGGCGCCGUUAUCCCAUCGGAUGCAGGAUCACGACAGGGCAGCGUCCUGCAAAACCUCCAGAACCCUCCGAUGAGCUACGACUACACGCGUAUUGUGGAUGAGGAGGACGUUGAUGAGGGCCUGGGGGGUCCGGCCAGCCAAGAGCAUCCUGACGACCAGGACAGUGUGACCAACAGUUUCCACGUGUCUGACGCUCACAGCUCAUAGAGGAGGACACGCCCCGUCUUUGGAUGGUCCACACACCCCUGAGACCCCCCCAGAUGGGUUAGCACCUCAGUGUUGACCGGAGCAUUGACCUUUAUAAGUCUGGACUCUGACUGCGAUGUUUCGUUUCUUGUAAAUUGUGCAGUUCUAGUGUAAAAAAAAGACUUCCACAGCAGUGUUCAUUGGAAGGGUUUCCCAUGUUUUGUUGGAAGCUCUGAUCAGCUGACGGGUGAACGUGUCGCACACGCCGGGAGGUGAUACUGAAAGCACUCAGGGGAUUCAUCCAGCAGGAAAUCAGCCGCGGUGGGAGGAGUCACAGACUGUGGGAAAGUGGGUACAUCAGAAAUGCUGAUUGGAACACUUGCGUGUAGGUUUGGCGUCUGAUCCUGAACUUUUCUGGUUUGUAACCUCUGGCCACACCUGGAAGAGACAUUCCUCCCCUCCAUCCAGGCCCCUGUUUCUCAGCAGAAGCACUGAAACUGUCAGAAACUUCUGCUUUGUGUAUUGUUAUUUUGUGAAAGCUUUGUUUUCCUUUUUUAAUAAUAUUUUUGUGUUACAUAUUUUGUCAGGUCAUAUGUUUUCACCAGGUGGGGUCACCCACUUACCCACACCCCAACCAUACAGGCGGAAAUACGUAAUUUUGCGCUCAAAACUAUCUGCAAAACGUCAAACUUGCCCAGGAAAAAAAGGUGUUAUCUAAUGUAUUUAGGGAGUUUUUUUAUGUUCCUAUGUUAAAUAAUGGUGAGGUUGUUUGGAGCUCUCAGAUGUGGAGCACUGUGACACCAGUAAUAAAUUUAGGAUUUUUAUUUUUGCCAAA